CCGCCCUGGACAGCGGACCAGGCGAGGCCAGCUAUACCCUGCCGCCGGCGCCGCUCUGCCUUGCCUCCUCUCCCGCCCCGGCGGCGCCCCCGGCGAGGCGCGGCCCCUCAGCGCCUGCGCGCCGCUCCCCGCCCCAGCGGCAGGCCCCGCCGGCUGGCCCGCCUUCGCAGCAACCCCGGGCCGCCGCCAAAGCUGCAGCCACGCCGCGACGCCCUAGGCCGGGCCGGGCCGAGCGGGGCGGGGCGGGCCGACGGGCGGUGAUGGAGGCGGCGGCGGCGGCGGCGGGGGGUGCCGAGGCGGGGGGUGCGGCUGCCGCGUUGUGGCCGCGGCUGGCGGCGCUGGGCCGGCGGCUGGCGGCGCCCGGGGGAGCGGGCGGCGACGAUACCUUCCUAGCAAAGGGCUCUGCUACUCUGGGCAAAUUGAAGGGCCUCUGUAACGAAGGGAAAGAACAACCUUCCGUGCUUUUGCAGCUCUUUACGCAGGCUGUCCUAGACAUUACAUAUUUUGAGGAAAAUCAGCUUGUGGAUGAAGAUUUUCCAGAAGAAUCUUCCUUGCAAAAAGUUAAAGAACUUAUUUGUAUUCUUUCAGAACCAGAAGGCCUAGUGAGGGAAUGCAACAUAAAUGAAGAACCCAUCAGUAUCCUUGGUGCAGAGUUAUUAGAAUGUCUUUACUGGAGGAAAGGAGCCCUGCUUUACAUGUAUUGUCAUACAGCAAAAGAAAGGAGUGAAUGGCUACAAGCAAACAUUGCCAUAUUUAAAAAGUGUCUUAAUGAUGGAGUUCAUUACUUGAUGAAGAUGCUUAGCUUUAGAUGUCCUCUUCAGCGAAAUGAAGACAUCUCAUUUCAAGAUAAAGACACAGCUAGAUUACUCAGUGAAGGUAUAUUUAGUGACACUCACUUACUGGCAAUGAUGUACAGUGGAGAAAUGUGCUACUGGGGGCUGCGGCACUGUGGAGAAGGGAAGCAGGAAAGCCUUGAGAUGACAGAUUCAGUGUCUAACAGUGACCUGGGCCACAGAUCACAGAGCAUGUCGCUGGAUUUCCGAGAAAUGGGCAAAAACAUAUUAACGAAGUACGUGGCUAUAUGUGAGGGACCUUUAAAAGGCCAAGGGUGGAACACAACAACUGCGAAAGGAAUGUUGUGUUACUUUGUGAAAUCCCCCAAGUGAAACCGGCUGCUUUGGCCAAGCUUGUGUCUGAAGAGGGGCUGAGGGAGGUGGGCUUUGCUUCAGUGUGUGACCCUUCUUAUAAAAAUGUAUACUUUUGUUGCAUUAAAAACACGCAUUCAGAGAACUACUGGAAUACA